UUGAGAUUUUAUGGUAGGGUAUUUUUAGUGUUUAAGUCAUAUAAGAAAUCGAAACAAGAUUAGUUAGCUUAACAAGACAACGUGGAGAACAACGCCAAUGAUAGGUUCUCUGGUCGUUCUGUUUUUGCUGGCUCUAGAAGCUUCAGCCUCCGACCCCAACGAUGGAUCAGAACCCAUCAUAGGGAUAGACCUCGGCACCACGUAUUCGUGUGUGGGCAUUUUUAAAGAUGGAGAUGUUGAAAUCAUCCCAAACGAACAAGGAAACCGUAUUACUCCAUCUUACGUUGCUUUUAACGUCAACGGCGACCGACUUAUUGGUGAUUCUGCCUUAAAUCAGCUGACGUCCAACCCAACGAAUACCAUUUUUGAUGUCAAACGAUUUAUUGGGCGGAAUUGGAACGAUCCUUUCUUUACAAAAGAUGUACACUAUUAUCCCUAUAAUGUGACCGGGAAAAACGACAAGGUAUACAUCCAGGUUCUAGUUGGUGAAGAAGUUAGGGAGUUUGCUCCAGAGGAAAUAUCAGCAAUGGUGUUAGGGAAAAUGAAAGAAUUAGCAGAAAGUUAUCUCAAACGCAAAGUCACAAAGGCGGUUAUCACUGUCCCAGCCUCUUUUAACAAAGCUCAGCGUCAAGCCACAAAAGAUGCUGGAAAAAUCGCGGGACUAGAUGUUAAACGAAUAUUAAACGAGCCAACCGCCUCUGCAAUGGCUUACGGGUUACUAAAUAGAGGUACUGAGAGGUCUGUUUUGGUAAUUAAUAUGGGAGCAAGUACCUUUGAUGUUUCCCUGUUAAAUGUAGAUCAGGGAAUAUUCGAAGUGGUAGCCACCGGCGGAGACACCCACGUUGGAGGAGAAAUCUUUACCCAACAAGUCAUGAAUUUCCUGAUUAUGAAACACAAGGAAAAAACUGGAACAGAUGUAAGUAAAUAUAUCCGUUCCAUGCAAAAACUUCGACGAGAGGUAGAGAAAGCCAAACGAAUGUUGUCAUACAACAAUGAAGCACUUAUAGAAGUUGAAAACCUCGUGAAUUUUGAAGAUUUCGUAUACACGCUCACGAGAGCCAGAUUUGAGGAUAUUAACAUGAAAUUGUUCCAAUCAAUUGAUAAAGUCAUUGAAAAGGUUUUAAAAGAUGGUGACAUGAAGAGAUCUAAUGUCGAUGAAAUAAUAUUAGUUGGAGGAUCAACCCGCAUUCCCAAAAUCCAGCAACUUGUCAAGAAUUUCUUCAAUGGAUUGGAACCAAAGCGUGGCAUAAGUCCAGAUGAAUCGGCAGCAUACGGGGCAGCCGUUCAGGGAGCUGUAAUGAGUGGGGCUGAUCAGUUCAGUGAUGUCCUUCUCAUGGACGUAAAUCCAAGCACCCUAUGGUUUGAAACAAUCAAUAAAACAUUAAAGGAACUUAUUCCUCGUCACGCUCAUUUGCCUAGUGAAAAAUCAUACACAUUUGUCACAGCUGAGGACGAUCAGUCAUCAAUGGCUGUAGAUAUUUACGAAGGAGAAGGGACAACCUCAAAAGAAAACCUUCUCAUUGGAACACUUGGUGUGUUUGACAUACCCAAACUUUCGCAAGCUUUUCUGAAAGUCGAGGUAUUUUUUAAUAUUGAUGAAAACAGUAUACUGACUGUGUCAGCAAAAGAAAAGGAAACUGGUAUAAAGAUUAAAAUCAAAAUCAACAAAAAGAUAAAAAGUUUAUCCCGAGAGGAAAUAGAACAAAUGAAAAAAUACGCGGAAAAAUUUGCCGAAAAUGACAAAAGAGUGAAAGAAACUGUUGAUGCUAAAAAUGAUCUCGAAGGAUUUGCGUAUUCAGUCAAAAAUAUGAUAAGAGAUAAGGGACAGUUCAGUGAAAAUGAAAAAAAAGUUAUCCAUGAAGAAGUAGAUUCCGUAAUUAACUGGAUUGAAUCAAAUCCUACAGCUGGUCUUAGCGAUAUUAAAGAAAGAAGAUCCAAAUUGGAGAAAAUAGUGCAAGGGAAUUUGGGUUCUAAAUCCAAAAACCGGGAAGAACUGUAAUAAGGACAAGUGUCUUUAUUUCUAACACAGUAUAAGCCUUUCAAGUUUGACCUGAACAGCGAUAUCUAUUUACUGGAACUUGUUUUAAAAAGUUGCUAUAUUGUAACGUUUUACACAAUAUGUAAACUCUUUGUUUUAUUUUCCUUGGUUUUCCUUGGGUUUUAGGGAGUUGAACGAUGUUCAACCUUCCUUGGCUGUCACGCAGACUUAGCGCAAGUAUAUUUUGUGUGGGGCAUACUAUUCAUACAUUGACUGAAUUUUGGUGUAAAUAUCGGCGCUUUCAAAUAAUCCAUAUUAAACAAUGUUGAUAAAAUGCACGAAAAGAUGAAUAUGAUGUUAAUGAUAUCAAUUCAUUUUCUCUAUUUAAAUUCUUUGAAAUGUUAUAUAGAUAUCUGGAGUAGAAUGAACUAUUAAUAUUGUUUUUGUUUUGUAAGGAAACGCGCAUUGUAAAAGUAGUGCUUUUGACGAGACAGACACAGUGACGCGAACCCGCUUUGCAAUGUAUAGAGUAUUAUGAAAACUAGUUCAUUAUUUGUUUCAUACCAUUACACUGUAGUUGUUAAUAAACUAUCUAAAUAAAUAAAUCACAGGUU